AUGCAGUCAGUCUUCCAAGACCUGCAGCCUCGCCCCGACAAGUCGGGUAUCAGAGUGUACCUUGACGAUGUCCUUGUCUACGCCCAAUCCUUCGAAACCUUUGCCCUUCUUCUUCAAGAAGCUCUCCAGCGGCUCCAAGAUAGUGGUCUCAAAGACUCCUUGGACAAGUGUCGUUUUGGCCUCACGACAAUCAAGUUUCUAAACUUCGUAAUCUCAAGCAAAGGUCAUCAGCCCGACCCAGACAAAGCCGCCUCCAUGUGUCGCAUUCCACACCCGCAGAACCAAAAACAAGUCCUCUCAUGGGUUCAGACGGCGAGCUACUACCGCCGCUUUAUUAAGGACUUUUCCAAGAUUGUAGCCCCGCUACAAGCCCUGAUUAAAUCCCCAGUCUUUGAGUGGACCCCAAACUGCGAGCAGGCGUUCCAGGCCAUCCGCACGGCUCUCACGCAGCCCCCUCUUCUCGCCCACUUUGACCCGGACGCUCCCACAACAGUAACCACGAAUGCUUCAGUAUUUGCAAUCGGAGCUGUGCUAUCGCAAAUCCAAGGCAACAGGGAAGUUGUCAUUGUCUACGCAAGCCGUGCCCUUACGCCCGACCAUAGCCGGGAGAAAAUCGCGUGA